ACUGUUAGUGAGCUAAGCAGCUAGCCGUCUAGCCUGCUGCACAGCUGCUGUGUGUCUGGGAAUCUGCUCUGAAAGCCAAGAUUAUGUCUCUCGAUGUGCUUCUGUUAUGCUGUUACUUGUUUUGAAUAACCUGUGCAGCAUGGAAUCUGAGGGAAUCGUCAUUCGGAUAAAGACACCGGUGGGAGACAUGGACUCCUCAGUGGACUGUCCAUCACAUCUCAACUUCAAUGAUUUGCUGGCCGCGAUCAGGGAUGUCAUGCCUGAAGCCACAGUCACAGCUUUUGAAUAUGAGGAUGAAGUUGGCGACCGAAUCACAGUUCGCAGUGAUGAGGAGCUCAAAGCCAU